GCAAACACAUUUUGUUAGCUUUGAAUGCUACAAACAUGGGAUCUUCCAAUAGAUACAUAAUUCCUAGUUUAGCAGCCGUCAUUUUUGUACUCAUCGUUUUCUCAACUAUAUUGGAACGGGACUUCUCCCCAGAUCGAAUGAAUCAUAAAAACGUUAUCCAGGAUAGCAGGCCGAAACGGAUAAGUGCAAUACAUUCAAAACAAGAUGCAGAUGUAAUACAAACUGAUGAAACUACAGAGUUGAAAACUGUUGUUGUUGACAGUGAGUCAAGUGAUAUAGUGAAUAAUAAUGAGUUCAAAGCUGUACUGGAGAUUACGAAAGCAAAUGACAGAACAUUGAAUGAAACGUUGCACAACAUUAGAGUAAAUGGAAAGGAUGUUCACAAUUUUUUAGACAUAGAGAAAAUAAUACAUACUGAUUUCUAUAAAAACCUUUCCAAGAUUUCACGAAAAUGGAAUGAAAAAAGAGUAAACACAUUGACGUUAACUGGACCCUAUCUAGCCCAAAUAUUCAACUGGCUCGUUAGCGCACAUUUGCAACUUAAGGAACCAAUCGGAACGACACUAUUAGUAACACCAGAUAAAAAAUUGAAACACUUUCUAGACAACAGAAACAUUGACUGUAUUUGGGUAGAUACGUCUGAGUUUAUGCCUUCCCUUUUAAGCGAAGAUUGUAACUUCCCGAAGUGUAUCUGGCAUAUUCGACUGAUGCUGUGGCGGUCGUUAAACCACCUUGGGUUUGAUGUGGUCAACUAUGAUAGCGAUGCCUUGCCACUCCUUAACCCAAAUCCACUUUUUAAUAUGUUUCCAAAGAGUGAUAUCAUAGGAGCUAAGGGAAAUAAGAAAGGAGUAAUUAGUCAAACAUGGACUUUAGCACUCAACAUGGGAUGUGUGUUAUUUAAGAGCUCCCUGGAGAAAUGUAAGAUCGCUUAUUUGUCUUUAGUUAGCGCAGUUGUGACGAGUGACCAGAAAGUUCACAUUUAA